AUGGAUUUCGCACACGGCACCUCGAGUGCAGGCUCGGGACAAACAUCUGCGUCCAGCAAGUGUUGCCACUUGUGCGCGGUGCUCUGGUUCUCCAUGUCAAACAGCGAGUUGCAUAGUGCGAAAGGCCCCAGAGAGCUUUCUCUGCCCGUCCAGGGGGCGAUGGGGGUUACUACGAAUGCCGCAGAGAGACAACCCCUCUUGGGCUCGGAUCAGUCGGGACUGAAACUGGCGAUUUGGAAGCAAGUGAGGAAGAACGUGAGUGAUGAGUCUCAUCUAUACAUGCAAUUAUUCAUGGGAUCCGUUUCCCUUGGGCAUGAAAUUCUCAUUGAGGACGAUCUUAACCUCUGCAAUCAGCGAAGCCUACAGGACUGGGAGACGGAAUCCAGGCAAAUGGCCAACGUCUAUGCCCAGGCGUCUUGCACGAUAUCUGCUACUGGCUCGGCCGAAUCUUCUGGCGGCUGCUUCAAGAAGAGGAACCCUCUGCCAUACUUUCCAUGUCACAUCCUCGGCGAUCCUUCGAGCCGACGGAGUCUGACUGUCAAGGCGGCUAACACGGCCUUCAAGACCAACAUGUUCCACACUGAGGUUGACGGCGGUCCACUGAACACGCGAGCCUGGGCGUUCCAGGAACGCCUCCUUUCCCAGCGCAUCAUCCACUUUGGUGCCUCCCUCAUAUUUUUCGAAUGCAGCACCCUUUUCGCAUCGGAGCUGCAGCCCGAGGGCAUAUACGAUGGAGUCGAUGUCCUGGCGCGUGACGGCACCAAGCACGAAUUCCCUGACCUUGACAGAUGGGCAGAGAUGCUUGACCCUUUCCUCCCUCCGCCACAACCAUCAGCGCCCCCUGCUCUUGAGCCAGAGGAUUUCAGUCCUCCAGAGGACUCGGCACCCUCGAGGCCUUCAGCAUCCAUCAAGCUGCCAAACACAUAUGGCCUCUUUCCUUCCAAGCACGAGCGCCAGGCCCGCGCCCGUUACAAUAAGGCUUGGAACCUUUAUCGAGCCCGCAAGCGCCACAGACUCGAAGAGAACGCCGCUCGUGAGCGCCGUCAUGCCGCGCGCGAACGGGCGCGCCAGCAGAGCGCGGAACAAGCACGCUUGCGGAAGUCAGAGCAAGUAUCGCAGAUUCCCCGGGCACCUAACCCCGCAUACAAAGCCCCGGAGGUUGUCGCAUCCCUCUCGGACAACAGCGUCACGGGCUACCGUGGGGCGUUCGAUUUCCUCGCCGCCGCCGCCGCUGCAGGGUCCUCACGCGAUAUCGAGCCGCGAAAUCGGCUACGUCUACACCAGAGAUGGUUUGAGCUUCGUGAGCAAAUACACACGCAGCCAAUUGACUGUUGUGGGGGACCGCCACAUGUCUGCUUGCCGGUAUAG